UCACUGACCGUGUGAGCUUUGAAUUUGUGCAGAUUCACUACAAACAGACGCAUUGUGAAUCUGUGCCCUCAAUUUCCAAUUUUGGCCAAUUCCAUUAUUCCCCAAUUAAUUUUCUCUUCUGUUUUCAACAUUCCCAAAUCAAAUCCCAGUAGAGAGAGAGAGAGAGAAAAUCCGCGAGCGAGAAAAUGCAUACAUACAUUCAACAUUCCCAUGCAUUCAGUCCCCAUUAUGCAUUUUGCGUUUUCUUCCCAUUCCCCCUUCUCUUUCUGCCCUUUUGGCUGCCCCUUUUACUGUCACAAACUUUCCAUAUUCGAAUCGCAGAAUCGUCGAUUCGCUAGUCGCCUCCAUUUGCGAGAUUUCCCAAACAGAGGUAACGUAACGCCCAAGUUUAUGCGAAAUCCGCCGCUGCCCUGAUUUGGGGUUUUGAGCAUCUUGUGUUUGGGCAAUGGAGAAUAAUCGGCUAUUUUUGGGCUUUGUUUUGAUCUUCUUCUCUCUCGCCUGCUGUUUCUCGCCCUCCUAUGGAUAUGAUUCAUUGGAUCCUCAUGCCAACAUUACUAUCACAUGGGAUUUCUUGGUGGAAAAUGGGGAUACUUAUGAUGUGAGGGUUUCAAUAUACAAUUUCCAAUUGUUUCGCCAUGUGGAGCUGCCUGGUUGGAAACUUGGCUGGUCAUGGAAAGGUGAUGAGGUUAUAUGGGGUAUGUGGGGGGCAGAGGCUACACAGCAAGGAAAUUGCUCCAAAUACAUAGGCAGAGAACUUCCUCAUUGUUGUGAGAAGGAGCCUGUGAUUGUUGAUCUUAUGCCUGGAGCUCCUUAUAAGUUGCAGGUGGCCAAUUGUUGUAGAGGAGGUGUGCUAUCCUCCAUGAAACAAGACCCUACCAACUAUGGAGCUGCCUUCCAAAUGAAUGUUGGGAAGUCUGCUGGAAAAGAUGUAGAUGGCAAAAUGCCUGAAAAUUUCACUAUGGGGCUUCCUGGAUACACUUGUGGUGACCCAUUUCAAGUCUCCCCAACCAAAUUCAGUAAGGAUGGCGGUCGUCGGUGGACACAAGUUCUAGAAACAUGGAAUGUGACCUGCGUUUACUCCCAAUUUCGAUCGUCACCAGCACCGGGUUGCUGUGUUUCACUGUCUUCCUUCUACAACAGCACCAUUGUUCCUUGCCCUCAGUGCAGUUGUGGUUGCCAAGGGCUAGCGGGAACAAAAUGUGUCAAGCCAGGCGAAACUCCUUCAGUUUUGCAACUUCCACAUGAACAUCACACUUCAGAAGUAGAACCAUUGGUGAGGUGUUCACAACACAUGUGCCCAAUAAGGGUACAUUGGCAUGUGAAACAGAGUUAUACACAGUAUUGGAGAGUAAAGAUCACAAUCACAAAUCUAAAUUUUGCUAAGAAUUACUCUCAAUGGAACUUAGUAGUGAUGCAUCCCAACUUGAGAAAUGUGACUCAGGUUUUCAGCUUCAACUACAGCCCCCUCAAUCAGUAUGGUAACAUCAAUGAUACAGGGAUGUUUUGGGGGAUACACUUCUACAAUGACUUGUUACUCACAUCAGGAGACACAGGGAAUGUUCAAUCAGAGAUGCUUCUUAGAAAAGAUUCAGAAAUUUUCACUUUCAGGGAAGGAUGGGCAUUCCCAAGAAGAAUUUUAUUCAAUGGGGAUGAGUGUGUAAUGCCACCUCCAGACCAAUAUCCAAGGCUCCCAAAUAAAGCUCACAAGGCCAUGGCAGCAUCCUAUAUAGUUUUCUUAUUCCUGUUGCUCUCUGUUUCGUUAUAACAGGGGAGUCCAGUAGAUGGCAGAGUAAUUUAAGUUACAAGCAGCAAGUAUAGCACAGUUUUCAGUUUUGAUAUGUUCUCAUGAAGAUAUUAGCGGAGAUGAUAAAUCUUUAUCAUCAUUAUUUUAAAACAUGAUUGUUCAAGCUCCGCUAGUUCUUGUUCAUCAGUAAUAAUUAUAUAGCUACGCAUUUUACCAUUACUAGACAAAC